GUGGAAGCAUGGACUGUAACUGUGUUAGCGACCUGCUCCUCACUCCACCUGUCCCAGCCCUCUGGACACCAGGCUUUGCCUUUCCAGACUGGGCCUAUAAGCCAGAGUCUAGCCCUGGCUCCAGGCAGAUCCAGCUGUGGCAUUUCAUCCUGGAGCUGCUGCAGAAGGAGGAAUACCAGGGGGUGAUUGCCUGGCAGGGAGACUAUGGUGAAUUUGUGAUCAAAGAUCCGGAUGAAGUAGCAAGACUCUGGGGGAUUCGCAAGUGCAAGCCUCACAUGAACUACGACAAGCUUAGCCGUGCACUAAGGUACUACUACAACAAGCGCAUUUUGCACAAAACUAAAGGAAAGCGGUUCACCUACAAAUUUAAUUUCAGCAAGGUGGUUCUAGUGAAUUAUCCGCUGUUGGACAUGGCCAGCUCUCCUUUCCUGCUAGCUCAGAACCACUUCAACGGAGGGGCAGCAACAGCAGACUGCAGCCCCGUGACCCCGGAGGCCUUGCAGUCUUUAUUCCCUCGGUUGCCUGAUUCUGGCCGUGGAACUGCUCUGUUUGACCGAGCCACAGGAGCCCCAGAGGGUGAUAAGCUCAGAUUGGACACUUUUCCAUUCCUUGGUUCUGGAGCCCCCUGUUACUCCAAACCUCCAUCCAUGUUGGGUCCUUACCCUCGUAACCCUGCAUUUGACUACUCUUGGGGCUUCAACCCAUAUCUCCCUGGAGCUUUAUCCCUCAACAACUGCCCUAAACUGCCUCCAGGCUCGAUUUACCCCUCACACUUCUAUCCAAAUCCACUUCAGUCUGGCCUGGCACAGCUCCCUCAUCCUUUUUCCUCACUCCUUCCUCCUGGGGACACAACAGGAACAGAGCGAGCUCAAACUGGUGGAGCCAACGGCUCAGUGGGUGGUCAGGCUCCACGACUCUGCGUCCCAACGUACCCAGGUAGUUUACUUCAAGGCCGGACUGAGCUGGGUAUUUUGGGUCCUGGUAUAAGUGACAGGGAAAGAGGAGAGAACACUAGCAUUACAGGGGCUGUCGGAGGUGGGAUUGGAGUGGGAUUAGGUUUAGGCUUGGGAUCACUGGGACUAGGAAGUGGAGGAGGCAUCCAGAGUCCGUCAGAUCGGCGCGCAGGAAUGAAGCAGGACCCAGCGUCGGAUUCUGAGUUGGAAAUCACAGACCUGAGUGACUGUAGCUCGGAGAACGAAAACGAGCCAGAAUUCAAUGCCAGCCAAGAAAAGGAGAAUAGGAUGGGAGGCCGACCUCACAUUCCCGAAGCCAAGACCGCAGGUCUGGGCGGAACCUUACCUCAGCUCUCUUCUCUUCCUCCUUCUAUAUCUCCCCAUCCUCUCAAAAGCCUGGUACCCCUGACUCCUCCACCACCAUCUCUUCCAACAUCUCUUUCUCCUUCCCUCAUCCUGGUUGAGCGGCACAGAGAAACGGAGACUCUUAAACUUACUCAUAGUUAAGAUGCUUUGUUCAGAUGCUGGUUAUAUUGAGCACUCUCUGCCUCUAUCUCUUUGUCAAUAUACAAUAUAUUCUCACCUUCUCAAUUUGUACUUUAUUGUUAUUUAAUUUUACUCUGAACUCAUUUUUAGUUUUCGUUCUUUUCUCUUGCACUUUUAUUUUUGUGUUUGUUGUCUUUUGGAAAAUUCCUUUAAAAUGCAUAAAGCCGUUUAAACAGAAAACUUUUAAUACAUAUCAAUUCCUUAUUUAUGACACUAUAUCCAUAGAAAUAUUUCCGUUUAUUAGAAUUUAAACAUAUUUCACCACUUGAAAUGGAAAAAAAACAAUGAAACAUCAUGCACACCCAGAAUCGGAACACGUUCAUGUGCUAAAUGACGAUGAACUGUCGACGAACUGCAUUCUCUUUUAUAUCAUAGAUAUAAAUUACCUUUGAGAGCUUACAUGUUACAAAAAUGCCUCUCGAAAGUCAUUUUCUCAAAACAAAUAGAUCAUUUGUAAAGUGAUUGUAAAUGUGAAUAGAUAAAUAUUGGCUCAUAAACGUAUGAGAUAACAACAUUUAUAAAUGUUCGAUUUUCCAUAUAUUUCUAAUAGCUCUAAAAAAAAAAGAAAAACCCCAUUGUGGUGGAAUCUGAGAGAUGAUCGUUUUUGUUUUGUUGCAGCAAAUUAUAGUAUUAAUUAAUUCUAUAGUUAUUCGCCUCCAUUCAUUCCACAUACACAUGUUCGUACUGGGUAAUUUGACUGCUGAAAGGUCUGAUCUAGGUGUAUCGCAUAAAUUCUCCAUCAAUUUUUCCUGUAAGCAUUAGCUCUGCAGCACAAUAUUAAUGCAAAGCUAAGUGCGAUGGUGGAAACUGUAUAAAACAAGCAGUUCAGCUGUGUUGUAAUAAAGCACUUAAAUGCAUUUCGUUCGUGCUGUGCUUGACAGCUUGCAAUGGAAACACUGUCAAACAAAGACAUCUAGUGGUGAGAUGUGAUUUCUACAGAUUGUAUAUGAAUGUAAUUUUGCUUCGAUUUGUCUUUUCAAGGAAUGAUAUCUGCCCCCACCCCUAAAACAUCCCCAAAAAUAUCUGUGUGAUUUUACCUAUUUGUUCCCUCGUACAUUUUUGUCAUGUUCAUGCAGUGCUAAAAUGUCUUAUUUUAAAUAGCUAUAAUAUGUUCUUUGCGCUUUAAAAAAAAAGAAAAAAAAAAAGAGAGAGAUUGAGUAAGAAAGUGCUUAAAUUUGCAUCAAUAUAUUUUAUUAUUGUAUAUAAAACAUUUAAUUUGUAUUAUUACUAUUAUAUGAGAUUGAGGUACUGGUGGGAUUCAAUUCUGUAUUAAAAUGCUAAUAGAUGCUGGUUGCAUAAGAACUAUAUUUAAAAAAAAAAUAAAAAAAAAGAAGCACUUGUUUCAGAGAUGAGAAAAAUGCUAAAACAUAAAACAUCUCGAAUCCCACUAGUUCUACUCUCAGUCAUCUUAUCUGAUAUAUCUGAGAAAGGCUCUAUAGAGGAAGACUAGUGUUCCACCAGUACUUUUUAAUAGUUUCUAUUCACCGAAAGUGAUAGUUUGCAGUAAUGUUAGUAAUAUUGGGGUUUUGCACUUUUUUUGGGAGAAAUAUUUUGACUAAUGUUUAUUUGUAUGGAUAGUUGCAGAUGAAAACUUUGAAAAUCAGUAAUUAAACCUUUUCUGAAUGUCAGCGCAUCGAAUGGCAGGAUAAUAAUGAUUCGUUUAAAGCAGACCACGCAAUAUGUAAAAAACAAACAAACAGAAUAGACCAUGAAGUCACCGCGAAAGGUUUCCUCAGAAGACAAACUCGACGAUAUAUCCAUAGUUUACACGAAAAAUUAAAAUUGCCUAGUUGCAUUUCAUCGGUGUAAUUAUAUGAAACUAGCAGUGUACAUAGACUUUCCUUUGUAUAUUUGUGUGUACACAUUGAGAAAAAAAGAAGAAGAAAAAAAAGAGGCAUUUUCUUUGCAGUAAGGUUUAUUUGUUGUUUGUAUAUUGUACAACUGAAAAAGAAAAGAGAAAAGAAUGAGAUAAAAAAAAAAAUAUCUUUAAAAGCAAUAAACAUUAUUCGGGAGGGUGUGAUGAUUGAGAUGUGAUUGUGAGCGAAGUUGAGAUUUGUCUUAUGUACAGUUUAUUAUUGUAUGAAAUUGGGGAGAAGAAAUAAUACAG